UUCGACAUUCAUGAAUCAGUUAUAAUUAUCCAAUAGUAUAAUAUAUAACAAUGACAUGAGUCAUUAUGCUGCAUAAUGAUGACUUUUGAUUUUUAAAUGCAGGACUUAACUUGAAACAGCAUUUUUACACUGGGGUCAUGCUACUUUUACUGAAUACUUCUUUCACCACUGGCAACUACUACCCACCAUUUUACUACUAUUAGUACAUGUUUAUGCUACUUAACACUUAACGGGGUAUUUUACAUUGGAGUAUUUUUACUGUCCUGCUGGCUGGUGUGAGACUGUCGGUGCGGGAGCGCGCCUGGGAACGCGCGCACUGCAAAGCGUCCUUUUCGUUUCCAUGGAAACCUCGGACGGCAACAGAACACGGAGGGAGAGGCGUCCGACUCCGAUUCUAGUUUUGAACACCAUAAUUUCACCUUUGACUUUUGAACGACGUGUUUUGGGACAUUUAAGGAGCUCUGAAGUCUGCCAGAAUUAUCGUUUUGGUAAUUUGCAGUGGUACAGCUGAAUGACCCUGGAAGUUUCCUCCUGGCAGAGAGAUGGAGAAUAGCUCACACGCGCUGCCUCCCUCGUCACCAUGUCCUACCACUUUCAGAGGGUCCCUGCCUUUCUCCUCUUCGCCGCAGCAGACCCGCUCAAAUGGCUGUGUUUCACUCCCACUUUCACCUAUUUCAUUCCCCCCGUCCCCUACCUCACUUUCUCCAGCAACAGCAGAGUCUACUCACUCUUCCUCCCCUCUUUCACACUGCACAGCAUCUCACUGCCUCGAAGGACAAACCAUACAAUGCCUCAGCCCGGCAAACAUAUCUGACCAAGAUGACCUGACCUGCCUCAGCUGGCUGCAUCAGAGGGGUAACCUGCUCCCGCUGCAGCCCCUUCCCAAAAUGACACCACUGCCUCAGCUAGAGUCCUCCGCACCUACCCAACCUCUUCCUCCUGCCUUGUCGAAGCCGCCGUACUCCUUCAGCAGUCUGAUUUUCAUGGCAUUAGAAGACUCACCUGAGAAGAGGCUUCCAGUGAGGGACAUAUAUGAAUGGAUUGUGAACAAUUUCCCCUACUACAGGACAGCCUCUGGAGGCUGGAGGAACUCUGUCAGACACAACCUGUCCCUGAGCAAGAGCUUCCGUCGCAUUCAGAGGGACAAGAGCCAGUCAGUGGGGAAAGGAUCGAUGUGGUGUGUGUGUCCAGAGUAUCGGCCAGCACUCCUCGAGUUGCUGAAGAAGACCCACAGUUAUCACAGCACCAACAGCAAUUUGUUAAACAAGCCUGCACUGCUGGAAGGAGCUGAAUUUGGGGUGCCCGCAGUGUGCGACUCUUUGGAAAUCUCAGAUCCUCUUUCUCACACCCUCCUCCUCUCCACGCCCUCACCCCAAACCUUCACCAAUGAUGACCCAACUUUCUCUGAAAACCCACCGUGCCCUUUGACCCCGGAUCACGAGGAACUUGUCACCAUGGAGUCGGUUGAAUACCAGCAGGACGAGGUCAGCGGGGAGAUGGAGAAAGACCCCCUGUCAGACAGCGGGUACAUCGAGUUACACUAUUACCAGUCUCACCAGUACCAGUACCUGGUGCUGCCGGGUGACACAGAGUUGGACCUGGAGACUGUGGAGAUCCUUCAGCUCGAUGCCGAGGCCCAGGAGGCUGCUGGGUCACUGCUGGACCUAGCAGGUGGCGGAUAUUAACGCUAUAUCCCAUUUAACAAUCACAACUGAUGCAAUGCUUCAAUCGAUUGUAAGCAAAUACUCCAACGAACCAACAUAAAUGGGGAUUUAUGUUUUAAAGUCUUAAAUGAUAAUGGGUGGAGUGAUGAUGUUCGGCAAAUCGGCUGCUUCUUCCUGAGACGUUGACACUGCCCUAAGGCUCAUGUAUUGUUUUUUUGUUAGGUAAAAAUAUAGAUCAACUUUAUGAUGGACUAACAAGACUAUGGAUCACAUUACUUCCUAUGUAUUCAGGCACCCUUAAUGCUGACGCUGAAUUUACCACCAGACCACUACCAUACAACAACAACCUGGACACAGACUUGAGAGUGUAAUGUUACACUGAAAAAUAUGGACGAGAUUAUACUCUGAGAUUUUAAAACUGAGGGGAAAGUAUUAAUAGAGUAUGGUAUUCAAUACAAUAAGUUUUGAGGUUUUCCACUGUGAUUUUUUUAACACAUUAAGUUCAUUCUCAGGGGUGGAAGGAGUACUUCCAACUCAAGUAGAAGUGCUGUUUCUUGAUUAAAAUGUUUCCCAAGUUAAAGUAAGAUUUAUAUGCCGUUGAAACCUGCACAAGAAAGGUACAAAAAUAGCUCUUUUGAGGAAUACACUGAACAUCCACACUGUUACCAUUUCAAUAUGAAUAUGUCUUUUCUUUAUAAGAAGGUUUUCAUAGAGUUUUCUUUAUGAGGGGAAAAAACCAUUAAAAACAAACUUAUGUCAAAUAUCUUGCCCCAUUAACACUUUUACUGUAGCCUAUUCUGAAAAUGCUGUGUUUCUAAAAGUAGUUGAGUAUAAUACUUAAUUAAAAUAUAUUUAAUUUAUAAUGUAGUUGUAAAUGUAGAUUGCACUCAAAAAAGUGGGAAAGCACUACUCAUUUACAAUAAUAUAAGUACUUCCAAUUUUAUUUCUAAUUAAUUUCUUUACACCCAUCAUCAUUCUUCAGAUCAUGUUUGCUGGAGUUGAUUUAAUGUCCAUGAUGCUAUGUUACUGAAUGUCUUUUCUGUGAUUUUGAAAACCUAGAUAUGAGCUUGUCUUCAAUCAGGAAUAGUUUGAUUGGAAUUUAUGAGUUAAAAUGUAAGAUGAACUCACUGCCAUUUAAACCACUUUACAUUUCAGGGCACACUGAAUUUCUGUUUGUAAAUUGGUUGUAUUUUCAAAAGAUUUUGUAAUCUAACAAAUAAAAUUUGUCAUGCUGUUUUUGUGAAUUAAAAUAGUCAGUUUUG